UCCUGCAAUCGUAAAUGGCCAGAAGGUUGAGUCAAACUGUAGCUUACCUCAUGGGAAGGAGAGGCGGCGGCGCGCGAUCUGUUACCUAUUCCCUUCAUACUCGCUUCAGAAUGGGCCUCCCUGUCGGCAAGCAUCUCGUUCCCGAUAAACCAGUCCCAGUGAAUGAUGAGCUUGUGUGGGACAAUGGGACUCCAUUCCCAGAACCCUGUAUUGAUCGUAUUGCUGAUACCAUCGGGGAGUAUGUACCAUUGGCCUGGUUGUACGGUGGAUUGGGAUGUUUUGCAGUGCUAGGACUAUUAGCUGUCUGGAAUGAUAAAGCUGCUAAAAUCCCAUUUACACCAAAGGUUUACCCGUAUGACAACCUGAGAGUGGAGCUCGGGGGAGAUCCCUAGUCUAUGUAUCUUAAAUUGCCCGUGAAGGACCUGUUCUUGUUGUGGAGGUCUAAAUAAACCUGGAAAUAUAUGUGCUGUAUUGAACAUCUGAAAUGCCG